AUGGCUCAAACUCAGGCUGUUGCGAUCAUUACUGGGGCAAGUCAAGGACUAGGAGCGGCGUCUGCGAUCCGACUCGCCCAAAUCUACUCAGCAAUUGUUCUGGUUGCCCGCAACGAGCCGCUGCUAGCGCAGGUUGCAGCGCAGGUAGAAGCAGCAGGGGCCAAAACACUCAUCAUCCCGGUGGACCUCUCCCUGCCAGCGUCCGCAACGGCAGUAGUGGCAGCAGCGGUCGAUAAGUUUGGGAGGAUUGAUGCCCUCUUCAACAAUGCCGGUUCCGUUAAGCCAAUCGACCUUUUCAAACUGACCGACGAACAGUGGAACGACGGAUUCAAUCUGAAACUGCAUGGCGCACGGCGACUGACCCUCGAGGCCUGGCCGUACCUGAAAAUCUCCAAGGGUGCUGUGUUGUUCAUGUCCGGCGUGGCGGCUGAGGCCCCUAAAGCAGGCAAUGCGGCGGUUGCGGUUGUUAAUUCCUCUGUCAAUGCGUUGUCCAAGGCGUUUGCGGAUCGUGGACUCGAAGAUGGUGUGCAGGUCAACACAAUAUUGCCUGGCCCUGUUGAGACUGAACGACUGGUGACGAUGGCCACGGAAUCUGCUCGCGCCAAAGAGAUCCCCCUGGAAGAGGCCAAAGGCAACUUGCUGAAGUCCAUGGGUAUACCCCGAUUUGGAAAGCCCGAGGAAAUCGCAGAGCUUGUCGCGUAUUUACUAUCUCCACUGGCGCGCUGGAUGACUGGCUCUGCAGUUAGGAUCGAUGGCGGUGUGGUUAAGGGGAUAUGA